AUGCGUACGUUAUAUAAAGAAAUGUAGGCGAGCAUUUAAUUCUGUUUUCUCUAGUAAAUAGGAAAGAUCCGACGGAUUAAGUUGUUAUUCAGACAAACGUGUUUUACAUCCAUUAGUGUUUUCCAACAACAGAAUCAACACAUUAAAUCUCCGACAUGAAUAACAAUAACCUCGUUCCUGACAUGACUACUACCAAGAUUCAAGAAGGCGAUGAUGUCAAGGACGAUGAGAAUGAAGAUGACGAAAGGGAGCCACGUGACAUCUUUUGCCAAAUGGGAAUAUUACGUCAUUACGAUGAGGAGCUCGUCUGGAAAGAAAUACGAAGAUGGGUAAAGUUCGAGGAGGUUCUAGAAGAGAAGGGAAAGAGGUGGUCCAAACCCCAUGUGUCAUCACUCUACAUGCAGAGUCUCACAGAACUACAGCUACUCCUAGCGUCAAACCCCAUCUUCCUGGACCUGGAGGUUAACAACAUGUUCGAACUUACUGAAACUUUAGUAGCCCAUUGGGUGAAAAACGGUUACCUGGAACCGAUUCUGACCAACCACGUGCGCGCACUCCUUCUGAAACGUCACAAACACCACCACGUGCACUUAAAGCACAUGACCCGUAAUACCCAGAGUAAGCUCCAUCUAAUCUUGUACGGCAGUGAGGACGAUAGUACCCCGUCUACACCUGACCUCAGAGGAUUGGAUAAUGAAGCCAUGAAAGCGAGUUUGCCAGAUUUGACACAAGUGGAGGAUGCUCUGAAGCAGAACGAAAAUUCCAUGUCUUGUCCAGAUCAUUUGUACCAACAGGCACAUACACCCAAAGCUCACAACAAGCACCAACAACAUGCUCAUCUCCUACACCAUCACGGCCAUGGACCGCCAAACCGGAAGUUCCUUCGGAAGAUCCCAGUCGGAGCGGAAGUACUAAAUAUCCUAGUUGGGGAGGUGGAUGCUCUUGACUCGAGGCUGGCAGCAUUCGUACGGUUAAGGAAUGCAAAGAACCUUGGCAACAUAUCAGAAGUGCCUCUACCGACUCGGUUCCUCUUCAUCAUGUUGGUCCCCAAAAAUGCCUUCGAGUCGUCCUCGGAAAUAGGUCGCUGUAUGGGAACUUUAAUGACAGAUCCUUUCUUCCGCGAGACGGCGUACUUGUGUGAUGACAGGGUAGAAAUCAUGACAGCCGUACAGGAAUUCGCUAGUCAGGUGACGGUGCUGCCACCUGGGUCCUGGGACCCUAAAACCCGCAUUGAGCCUCCCGAGAUCAUCCCCACUAAGGAAUCUCGGAAGAAAGAAGUAGUCCCGAUCGACAUGCCCUUCCAGCCAGAGGAGGUUCACCACGACCACUCUCUCGAUCGUACCGGAAGAUUAUUUGGAGGACUGAUUAAUGACAUCAAGCGAAAGAUACCCUGGUAUAAGAGUGAUUUCACUGACGCCCUCCAUCUACAGUGUGUAGCGUCCUUCUUCUACCUUUUCCUUGCAACAUUAACACCGAAUGUAACAUUCGGGGGUCUCCUUGGGGAGGCUACACAUCAGUAUAUGGGAACCAUGGAAUGUAUUCUGGCCGCGGCGGUCUCUGGAGUGUUGUUCGCCUUGUUCUCGGGUCAGCCUCUGAACAUACUGGGCAGUACUGGACCAAUGUUGAUUCUCGAGAUGAUCCUCUACAAUCUCUGCAGUGAUAACGGUUGGGACUUCAUGCCAGCUCGUGUAUGGGUCGGAAUCUGGACUGCUGUUUUCCUUUUGAUCAUAAUUGCCUUUGACCUCAGUUCGUUGGUCCAGUAUAUAACCCGAUUUACAGAAGAUAGCUUUGCCUGUCUCGUCGCUAUCAUUUUCAUAUACCAGGCAGUCGCUAAACUCCUCGAAAUACGCGAAGAGGACCCCAUAGAACUCCAUCCAUUGUCAAGAGUGGAUAAUGGAUGUGUCUGUUUCUUUGGGAAUGCUACCUUGAAUUCUACUUCCGGUGGUGUGGGAAAUCAAACAUUUUUAUCAGGCGUACAUCCGGGUGGUAUUGAAAAUGCCAUGGUUACUGCGGUGACGGAUAUAUCUGCUGCUCAUGUCAAUUCGAGCGUUUCAACACUUCAAUCAUUAAAUGAGAAUAUCACUACCUGGAUGGAACAAUGUACACAAAAUGGAGGUAUUCUUCAAGGCAGCGGAUGUGACGUCACAAAAUACGUACCGGAUGUGUUCCUGUUUUCUUUGAUUUUAUUUCUUGGGACUUCCUGUCUGGCUUUUUGCUUUGUACGAUUCAGGGACAGCCUUUUCUGCCCGACAGUAGUGAGACAGACGGUCAGCGACUUCAGUGUGUUACUGGCUAUAGUUAUCAUGGUCGGCCUGGAUUUAGCUCUUGGCCUGCCGACACCAAAACUCACCGUCCCGUCGGAGUUUAAGCCUACACGAGAGGGGCGUGGUUGGUUCAUCAACCCUAUCAGUGAUACGAACCCUUGGUGGCUGAUGGUUGCGUCUGCACUUCCCGCCAUUUUGGCUACCAUCCUCGUGUUCAUGGACCAACAGAUCACCUCCGUCAUCGUGAACCGGUCACAACACAAAUUAAAGAAAGGGGGAGGAUACCACCUAGAUCUUCUCGUAGUGGCCGUACUCAUAGUGGCACUGUCACUACUGGGACUCCCUUGGUAUGUCGCCGCUACCGUCACAGCCAUUGCGCAUGUCAUGAGUUUAAAGAAAACUUCGGAAUGUACUGCACCGGGAGAGAAGCCCACUUUCCUGGGAGUCAGGGAGCAGAGAGUGACAGGAUUACUGGUGGGCAUAUUCAGCGGUUUGGCCGUACUUAUCACGUCUAUAUUACAGUACAUCCCAAUGCCAGUUUUAUACGGUGUUUUCUUUUACAUGGGAGUAUCGGCUCUCAAUGGAAUGCAGCUUGUGGAGAGAAUCUUGAUUGUCUUUAUGCCACAAAAGUACCAGCCGGAUUAUAAAUAUCUUCGCUACGUACCUCUCUCCCGCGUACAUCUAUUUACGUUCAUCCAAGUGGUUUGUCUAGCAGUACUCUGGAUUGUCAAAAGUGUCAAAGCUGUCGCCAUUUCAUUUCCGAUCAUGGUCGUGGCGAUAUGCUUCAUCCGAAAAGCGUUGGAGUACGUGUUUGAUCCGUAUGAGUUACAGUGGCUGGACAGUUUACUCCCGGACAUGUGCAAGUCUACCAAGGAUGGCGCAGAAGAAACAACACCAGGCGUCAUAGCCACAAAGAUCAAAUUCGCGAGGUCUUUGUCAGUUCCGGCGUCCACUUUACGUACCGGAAGUACGUCGAUCCAAACAAAUCCAGACGGUGGUCAUCAACAUUUAUUUGCCAGUCGGAAAAUCUCGACAGGUUCAUCACAGACAAGCACAGUGUAUGGACAUCAUGUUUGUCAAAGGAAAAUCUCUAUUCUUUCACUUCCGGUAAACCCGACAUUUGUUUUAGAUCACUCGGAACUGCAGCGAGUGAGGGAGGAGAGAAGUGUAAACUUUUCUUUAGACAAUCUGCCGGAAGUAUAGUAAACACAUUUUACACCGGAAGUGUAGUUAAGACCUUUUACACCGGAAGUGUAUUAAAGACCUUUUAGACCGGAAGUGUAGUAAAUACAUGUAUAUAGAACAUUAUAAAGUGCUUUUCCAUUGAUUUUUGUGAAUAUUUCAUGUAUAUGUAUAUAUUAAAUAUGAACUACAGUUCUAUGAAGAAUCACGUUAAUAAGUGUUACGUGAAGUAUGUCACAAUGACAAGAGCAAAACUGGGCCAUCAUUUUGAGUGGGAAGAUUAAUGUGUUGUAUGACAGAUUUGAUAUAUUCUAUAUUUUGAUGCUAUUUUGAAAAGUGACACUACUUCAAUAUCUUAAUGUAUGUAGAAAAUGCAAUGAUUGAGACACCAUAUUAUUUUAGGACAUGUAUUUAAUAACCAGUAGCAACAAUAAUAUAUUUAAUUCAUGCUGUAGAUUAGACGAGAGACUCGAUAAUCAUGUGUAUGAAAGUUUGUAUUACUAAACCAGAUUCGAAAAGGAUCUCCUUCAGUUGAUGUCCAUCCCUGAUCAAGGACCUAAGCCGUAGCAAUAUUAACCUUCACUGAGGUAGACCUCAACUGACGUCUAUAACUGUAUGUCAUCUAGUGAGUUAUCAUUUGUUUGUCUAUAUGAAUUUCCAUUAGUCCUGUACACAUUAAAAUGAUGUCAUAAUAAAACUAUGUAUAAAGAAAUUACGAACAUGUUUCGUCUGUCUCACACCUGUGUGUCUGGUAUAAAUUGUAUCGCUAUUUAAAUUUCCUUGAUCGUCUUCGACCUUUAUUAAUUAACAAACAUGUUCUAGACAAUGUCGGUUAUGCGGCAUCGUCGGCAUCCCAGGAGGGAGCAUGGGGCAAAUUUGAACGUAACCUUUGACAUAUGAAAAUGAAGACAGCGAAAAAAAAGUGAUGUAAUUGAAAGCUCGCAAAUACUUGUUUGAAAAUACUGUUUGUCUAUAUCACAUGAUUCCUUCAAAAAUAAAUACAAUGUAUUAAAUUUU